AUGGCCGACGCCGAAGACUACCUCCAAGAGGGCUUCGACCCGCGCAGUGUGACCAUGCCUCGCCUGCGAUCGAUCCUCGUCACUCACAACGUCGAAUACCCCGCCACGGCGAAGAAGGGCCAGCUGGUUGACCUCGUCACCGACCACGUUCUAUCACAGGCCCCCAAGCUUCGAGCCCAGAGGGCAAAGGCUAAGCGCUCCAGCAUGGGCAUCGUCAAUGCCGGCAGUGCUGAGGACACCGGCACCUGGGAUGACCACGAUCUUCACCCCCCGCCACAAUCCGCGAGGCGAUCCAGGUCACCGCGGAAGGUAUCAACACGCAUCAAGGUUGAAAACGACGAGAUGGUCACCCCGGCUCGUCGUGACCCCCCGAAGCGAGCAUCGCGGUCUGUGAGCAGGGCACUCUCGCACGCUGACGACGAUGACGUCCUUGACUACGAGGCUCCCAAGUCGACGCGUCGCAGCCGCAGUCGCAGGACUGCCACCCCUCGAAUCAAACCCGAGCCGGAAGAGGAAGAUCAUUCCGUUUCGGUGGGAGAUGAAAGCGUCUUCACCUACGACAACCCUUUCCAAAGCGGAAGCUCCCCGCCCCAGACCAAGACCCCAACCAACCGCCGGCGGACAGCCGACGGCGACGUCAUCAAGAGCACCAAGUCUGCUUCUAGACGUCGAACCGAUGGCUAUACAGAUGGUUAUACCGAUGGCUAUGCCGAUGAUUUUGAAACCCCAAAGCCACGUCAACGAACACCCGAGAUGCUUCUUGAGCCGGGUGAGGAAUUCACCCCUGAUGAGCAAUUAGAGUUGGAGGACGCGGCUAGCAGAGGGGAGGCUUCGCUUGAGCCUCGCAAGCCUGUUACACGGGCUGCCCGCAAGAGCAGCUUCAAGACUCCAUUUUUUGUUCUGUUCCUUGGGUUGCUUGGAGCCUACCUGGCCUGGUACAGGCAGGAGAAGAUUGCUGUUGGCUACUGCGGUAUCGGGCGUCCGGCAAAAGAAUUCAUCCCAGAGGAGUUUCCACUUCCCGACGCCCUGAGGCCAUUCGUUGAGCCCGAGUGUGAGCCGUGUCCUCAGCACGCCUACUGCUACGCGGACUUUGCGGUCCGAUGUGAGGCAAACUUUGUCCUCGAGCCGCACCCGUUGUCUCUUGGCGGACUUGUUCCACUCCCUCCCACCUGCGAGCCCGAUGGUGAAAAGGCACGCCGCGUACAGGCUGUCGCCGACAAGGCAAUCGAGGAGCUCAGGGACCGUCGGGCCAAGUUCGAAUGUGGAGAGCUGGUCAAUGAGGAGGGCCAGCAAGAGGAAUCCCCAGGUAUGCCCGAGGAGGAGCUCAAGGCCACGGUCAGCAGGAAACGCUCCAAGAGACUAAACAGCGAUGAGUUUGAUGAGCUUUGGGCGGCCGCCCUUGGAGAGGUUACCGCCCGAGACGAGGUUGAGGUUGAGGUUGAGGUUGAGGUGGAGGUCGUUCAGACGCAACCACCGUCCGAUUCCCCCAGCCUUCCAACCCGAAGGCUAUCGUCAACGUCUCUCGCUCGCCUUUCGCUCACCUGCACGGUCAAGCGCCACCUCCGGCUCAGCCUGGCAAGAUAUAGACUCACUAUUGGACUUCUGAUCGCCUCUGUCCUUGCCGUUUUCUAUAUGCGGGCUCGCUAUCGCAAACAUGUAGCGACGUCUGCCCAGAUCCCGGCGUUGGUUGACUUGGUCCUGGGACGACUGGCCAACCAGAAGGAGCUCGGUGAGGAAGAAAUCGAUGACCCGUGGUUGUUCUUGCCAAACCUCCGGGACGAUGUAUUGCGAUCCGUCCACUCGCUGUCUGAGCGAGAACGGGUGUGGCAGAGGGUCCGGGCGGUCAUUGAACAAAACAGCAAUGUCCGGACCAGUCAACGAGAAGGCCGAAGCGGCGAAGUUGGCCGCGCCUGGGAGUGGAUAGGCCCCGUCGCUGGCGAGGGUGCCCGGAGACGUCGGAGCGGAAGGGUGUCACUUGGUCCCGAUUUGAGGACCGAGACCCCGGAGCUCACGCCGGAACCAAAGAAGUGGGGAGAGACGAGGCCGAUUUACUAA